CCAGACUUUGUUCUGCAUUGAGCAGUGUUUACUCGCUGCAGAAAAGUUAUUGGCUUUGGUUUUUCAUAAUGGCAUAAACAUUAUCCGGGAACGUACAUGAUACCGCAAACGCCGAGCUGGUGCACCGCUGCAACCGACGAGGACGUCCGCCCGCGCCGCCCAAUCAAUAUUACCGCUCGGCGAGGGAAAGCGCAGCGUGGAAACCCAGCAACACGGCGCCGCCAUUGAGAGAGCAGAAAAAGAAAAGCGUGUGCGCCCGCAAACAACAAGAAAGAACCAGCGAAAAGGGAGCGGAGUGAGAGGCAAACCGAUUUGAGGUCGCCGGAUGUGAAAAUGUCGCAAGCAGCUGGAGGAUCGACCGCCGGAAUGGAGCAGCCAGCCACUGGCAAACAGUCGAAGCCACCGGAGGAUCUCCAGGACAAUGACACCAAUAGUCUGGAACCCGGCGAGGUGGUGACCCCGCCCCAUCAUAACCCUGGCAGUCCAGCAGUCAAAAAGCAUCUCUCCAAGGAGCUGAUCAUAAGCAAAACGCUGCGGAAGCUACCAGGUAGCAUUCUGGAACAGGCCCGCAAUGAGAACGGAUCUGUCGGGACACCAAAGGCCCAAACCGAAGAUGCGGACGAUAGCGAAGGCCUCUAUUCGGACUCGGACUCCUCAGGGGAGGACCUUAAAAACGUGGAGGAUGUGCAGAAGGCCAGGAAAGAGAAACAGGAGGAGGCUGCAGCAGCUGCCCUUCCCCAAGCACCACCCACGCCGCUAUUAGGCAUUAAUCCGCUAAGAUUCCACAUGAGAGCUCCUUGCUUUGACUUUCCCCGCAUGGGCUUUAUGCCACGAAUGAACAGGGGCGGACCAAGGGGCAUGCGGCCGCUUUUCUUUGGACGACCACCCACGCCGAAUCGCAUGGGAGCUCCCAUGAUGGGUGGACCCCCAACACAGGGACCUCCGCCGGGAGUGUACGCACAGCAAAAUCUCCCAGGAACAGGUAAUAGCAGCAAUUCAGGUCGUUGCAAGCGACCCCAAUCGGAUGUGGUUUGGACAGCAUUGCAGCCACCAGUGUCCUUUGUUUUCAAUCUUGUUUCCGAGUGCUCCAAUACAAAGCAUGAGAGUUGCAGGACUAAAGCGGAACCUGGUGACCACAACUCCAAGGAAGCGAAACCCCCAAGCGAAACGAUAAGUGAAAUAGAUCGAUCGAGAGAGAAGUCCAUGCACGGAAAUGACGUAAGAAAAAAAACUAGUAAUCGAUUCCAUGACAGAAACCAAAAUCGAGGAAGAACUAGGGAGAGGUCAAAAGAAACACGAGGAAAGUCCACUGAAAAGUCCAAAAACAAGGAUGAAAGCACAGCGAAAGGAAGAGAAAAGUCAAGAGAUAGAGAUUUUAUUCGUCGGAAAAGUAGAGAAAGAUCCCAAGAUAAAAGGUAUAACAGAGCAACAAUUAUGAAUCGAUCUACAGAAAAGGAUGAAAUUGGAGGUGAGCUUAGGAGUAAAGCAAGUGGAAAGUCCCAGGAAAGAGAUCAAUUCAGAGAUAAAACCAAAGACCGAUCUAGGGAGGGAGAUCGGGCUAGGACGAAAACCCGUGAAAUAUCACAAGCCAGGGAUCAAACGAGAGGAAAGGCAAAAGAUGCGGAACACACCAGAGCGAAAUCAAAGAAAAGGUCCAGAUCCAGGGAUAACCGACGAGAAAAAUCGAAGGAAAAGCUAGGCGAUAAGGAAAAGAACAGAGACUUAUCCAAGGAAAAAUCUAAGGAGCGCAGCGAAAAAAGAAAUGAAUCCAAGGACAAAAAUAAGGAUACGAAUGAGCAAAACGUAAACAAAAGGCUUCGAGCGGGCUCCAAAGAGAAAGAUAGAAACCAUUCUAAGGAAAGAACUCAGAAUAAGUCACCAGAAAACAAACCUGAAACAAAAAAAUUAAAUGCAAUAGAACAUUCUAAAGUAACGCCAUCUGAUCGUAAAAAAGACAACCUGUUGGGACAAUUAGUAGAAAAAGGUGACGAACGUUCCAAGGAUAAGCACACAAAGCGAUCGAGAGAAAAAUCUGUAACGAAAUGUCCAAAGGAGACCCACAAGGACCAAUUAAGGGACCGUUCGUGGGACUCGGCUAAGGAAAGAUAUCAAGGAAAAUGUUGGGAUCCGCUGAAAGAAAAUGGAUUGGAUAGGUCCAAGCGAUCAAGCACGCCGCAUAAUUCCCGUAGUGAAAGUGAAACAACAAGCGAUCACAACUCAAGAACAAUAAAUCAAGCGCCUUCAUCUUGGGAGAGUAGAGAAGGAACUCCUCCAAUGACACCACCACAAGUUCAGAUCUCUCAGACUCCAAUUGGCAAUAACACAAAGCCCAAGGAUUUUGAUAUUUUUGCCGAUUCACCUCCACGAGUAAACACUGCCAUUUCAGCUCCAGCUGCAACUAUUGAAAGAAGUACCACGCCGCCGUUUAAGUCGUCCAUUCCUGUUGUUCCGAUUGCUAAAGCCGACAAGCUGGAUCCUCUGCUCAAGGCCAGUGAAAUUCAUAGUAGAAUUGGCGCCCUGCUCGAAGAUACCGAUUUGCAUUUGGAUGCUUUACUGGCUACUAAAGAGCAGUUGUUCCGUCGCACCAAUGAAUACAAGGAGAGAAAAGUGGCUCCCAAAGAGAUUAAAGCGGAAUCCCUUCCGAAUAACAGGCAUAAUAGAUCUGCUAGUGUCAAAGCAGAGGUCGAUCAUCACAAAAGCCAACCGAGACAUAAAAAUCCUUUCAAGCGCGAAUCAGUAUUAAGCGGGAGGAAAUCGUCCUCUCGCCCUUCAAGUAAGGAGAGGCGACUUCAAAGACCCGACAGUGAUGUUGAGGAUUGGGAUAGAGAUCUAGAACACGAUAGAAAUCAAUUACAUGGCAGUCAUCCAACUGGAUCCCAGCCAAGACGAAGUGAUGAGUAUAAAAAAUUCAGCAUUAAAAAGGAAAAAGAUCUUACGCCCCCGCCUCAGCAAACGAACUUUACUCGAACCACUAUAAAAAUCGAACGCAAUGCCACGCCUCCCCGACCCAUUGAGCGCGAUGUGCUGGUUAGAAACGGUGCAGUGGCGGCCAAUGCUCCCCCACCGGCAAAAGAGCAAGAAAGUCCCGAUACGGAUGACUACAUCGACAACUGGGAAAACGACGAUUCAAUGGCCAGUAUGCCAAAGAACGCCCCUCCCGUUACACCUACUCCUGCUCCAAGUGCCAACGCAUCUCUUAACGCUACACCUUUGCCACCCUUGCCAAUAGCUUCGCAAUUUAAUGGCGAUGAUGACGAUUCCAACGCCCUGUGGAAUGCAAACAGCACACCUCCUCCGCGAUCCAAAAAUGCGAACCUGCCAACGAGCAACAUCCAUGAAUUAUAUGACAAAUUCAUGAAUAGUAUUAAGAUGUCCGACGAGCAUGUGGAGUCGGAAACGCUGGACACCUCAAAAAAUAGCUCCUUGAGCAAUUCCACAGCCGAAGAAAGUUCCUCGGGUAGCGAGACUUCCUCAACAAGUAGCAGCAGUAGCGAAACCGAGGAGGACUCCAGUUCAGAGGACGACGAAGCCAAUGAAAACUCUUCAAAUGAUGAAUCGGUCAUACCAUCUGCUAAUUGCAACACAAAUCAAGAUGACAGCACUGGUAAAGAGCAGCUGCAAAAGAAAAACAACGUUAGCAAGGACCUUCGCAAACUUAAGAGCCUUGAGGACAAUCUGGCCAGGAUUCAGAUGAUGCGUGAAAACUAUGAUGCGGGGGAUGAGAUCUCGGAAGAACUGCUAAAAAUGGAAUCCUUAUUUUUAAUGCAACGCAACGCGAUCAUGGAUAAAUAUCGCAAACAGGAACUUAAAAGCAAUUCCAGUGAGGAGCAGCUGGCAGUAGAUGAACAAGAAACUGUCCAGGCACAAGAGGUGGUUAAGGAGACAAUGUUUCCUGUGAACAACAUAUUCAGUGCCAAUCGGGAAGCCAUCAAGUUGACCAUCUCGCCAUUGAAACUGACACGGAAAUCUGUGCUUUUCGACAAGGAUGAACCAGACCUACCAGAACCAUCCAAGGCGGAGCUGCCUAAGCCACCGCUACAAAAGCCACCGAAGGAGAUUGCUAUUGUGAAACCGACCAUUGUUGAAUCCCGAUCUAAGCCUAAGCUAAGGAGUCCACCACCACCAGCCGGAAGUCGUCGCAGAUCCCGGUCCCGUUCCAUUUCUAGAAAUAGGGCCCGUCGUCGCGGCUCGAGGGCCAAGUCUCGUACUCCCAGCCCCAGACGUCGGCGUCCUCCAUCGCCCAGAAGAGCUUCCCGAUACACUAAGCGAAUCGGAGGGGUUACAGUCGGAGGAAUUAAGAUAGGAAGAAGUCAUAGUAGAAGCUUGACAAGAAGUCGAACACGCAGUAGGAGUCCGAAUAGAAGAAGACGUCCGCCAACAACUGGGCAUAGAAAACGCAGUUCAUUAUCCCCUAUUCCACCAAAAUUGGCUGGACCCCGGUCACCUCCUCCUUCUCGUCGUCGUCACUCACUAAGCCGAGAUCGAGAACGUGAUCGCUUGUCUCGCUCCCGUUCCCCCUUGCCCUUUAAACCACCUUCGCCGCCGAUGAGACGCAGUUGGUCUAAAACGCGAUCACCAACCAGGAGGAGAUCGUUCUCCAGGUCGAGAUCACGGUCGAUAUCCCCAAGAUCUCGAUCAUCCGCAGAAGGAGCCUUCGCAAAUUAUUUUGAGGAGAAUCAGGGCAUGGAAGCGGCUGCCUACUACUACAAUAUGUCAUUAAUGCAGCAGGAAAAUCAGGAUACGAUGGGUGAGGGCUAUGACGCCUACGCCGCCUAUAUGGACUCCGCAUACAACAUGGAACAAGCAUAUGCCCAGUACUCUGAAGAUUAUUCGAAUACGUAUGGGGAGUAUAUGGGCGAAGUAGCUUCCUCACCUCAGCCACCUGGAUCGGUUCUGAGGGAACUGCCUAUGGCGCCGAUGAUGCCCAUAGAAUCCCUUGUUCCUAUUGCCCCAGUGGAGACAAUUCCAUCAAUGGUGUCCUCGGCGUCAGUGAUGCCGGUGGCCGUACAAAAAGGAAACGUCUUGGAAAUAGUACCUUCCGGUGAGGAUAUAAUAGUAGCGGAGAAGAGCACAGUGGCAGCUGCGAUAGAUGAACCAAUGGAGGACAUUAGUAAACCAAAGCGAAAAGGCGUCAAUUUCGUGGAUAACGUGCUGCCCACAUACGAGAGCGAGAACGAAGACCGCGCUGUUGUUGGAAUGGCGGUGGAACGUGCCCUGCGGAAAUAUCAAGAGCGUCGCUCCCAAGCCGCCGCAAAGCUGCAACUGAUUCGCGAUGAGCUACUUGUGUUACCUCCACCACCACCGCCACUGACAACCAAGCCAGCCAAUCUAGAAAAGCCUGUUUUGGUGCAGAAGAAACCGAAGUUCCGGUACUUUCAUUUUGAUCCUUUCAAAGGCGCAAUAGUGAAGACGCACACACGAAUGCUACGUUCACCCAACCGCCCUCCAUUCGAUCCCAAGCAUUUUGCCAUGCUAAUGAAGACCGGUCGCCUGCCUCAGAUUCCUCCAGGAUUCCUGCGACAUCGCCCGCCAAUUUUACCAGCGCAUGUCGAUGCUGUCACGAAAGGGGCAAUGCUUAAGGAAUUCUUCAGCAAACAUCCUCCACCGCCGCUAUCGAUGCCCAUGCCUCUACCCGAUGGGAUGCCCUAUUACCUGAGUGGUCCACCGCCUAUGCCAAGUGGAGCUGUCGUUUCUCCUGUGCCUGUUAAUGUGCUACCACAACCCAUACCCGUGCUGGAUGGAAGUGGUUAUCAGGGCUAUACUCAGCCGGCUACAAUGGUACCAUCACCAGUUCCAGUUCCUGUUCCAGUGCCGCUGCCUGUGCCCUUGCCUGUUUCUACUAACCCUACGCCACCACCCGCGAUGAAAACUCCUUACUUCACACCACCACCCCUGCCCGAGCUGCCGACUCUACCCGAACUGCCGUCUCAAUUCACUGUGAAUUCCGUGCCCACUAUAACGGAGAUAAUGCCAGUGGAUAUACUACAGAAGUUGGGACCGCUGCCCAAGACCUUGGACGUUGAUGAUGGAGGCGGAACUGCCAGUCCGGAGGAGAUUAGCGACGAUCUCAAGGAGGUUGUAGCAGAGCCAGCCGAACAGCCUGUGGUGGACGUUAAGCCGCAGCUCCUUGUGGAGACCCAGUAGUAGAUCCGUAU